AUGAUGCGGCCGCAGCUGUUUCGUGCGGCCGCCCGGUCUCUCCGGGUGCCCCGAGCCCGGCUCUUCGCGACGACAACCCCUCGCGCGGCCGAGGUGGAACUGACCAUUGAUGGCAAGAAGGUUUCGGUUGAAGAUAUUGUUAUCAUGAGUCGUAUGUGUCUCGUCGAAGUUGAGAAAGCCCCGAAGCCAGUGGCGUCGUGUGCCUGGCCCGUUCAGCCCGGUAUGGUGGUCAAAACAAGUUCGCCGUUGGUUCACAAGGCGCGUGAGGGUGUAAUGGAAUUCCUUCUCGCCAACCACCCCCUGGACUGCCCGGUUUGCGACCAAGGAGGAGAGUGUGAUCUCCAGGAUCAAUCGAUGCGAUAUGGCGCCGACCGCGGUCGUUUCCACGAAGUCAGUGGCAAGCGUGCCGUUGAGGAUAAGAACAUCGGCCCAUUGGUGAAGACCUCGAUGAACCGUUGCAUUCAGUGCACUCGGUGUGUCCGAUUCAUGAACGACGUAGCGGGUGCCCCCGAGCUGGGAACUACUGGCCGUGGAAACGAAAUGCAGAUUGGAACUUACCUAGAGCAAAGCCUUGACUCGGAAUUGUCGGGUAACAUCAUCGAUCUUUGCCCCGUCGGUGCCUUGACUUCUAAGCCCUACGCUUUCCGGGCUCGCCCAUGGGAACUGAAGCACACUGAGUCCAUCGAUGUACUGGAUGCAUUGGGCUCCAACAUUCGAAUCGACAGCCGUGGUUUGGAGGUUAUGCGAAUUGUCCCCAGAUUGAAUGACGAUAUCAACGAGGAAUGGAUAAACGAUAAGUCGCGUUUCGCCUGUGACGGAUUGAAGACCCAGCGUCUCACCACUCCCUUGAUUCGCCGCGAGGGUAAAUUUGUUCCCUCUACUUGGGAGCAGGCUCUACUCGAAAUUACCGACGCUCAAGAGAAGCUUAACCUUCAACCCAAUGAGUUCAAGGCGGUUGCUGGCCACCUUGUUGAUACUGAAUCGCUGGUCGCUAUGAAGGAUAUGGCCAACAAGCUUGGCUCUGACAACCUUGCCCUCGACCAACCGGGUGGCAGUUCCCCAGUUGCCCACGGUGUUGACGUUCGCUCAAACUACUUGUUCAACUCUAAAAUCUACGGCAUUGAGGAGGCGGAUGCCAUUCUCCUCGUCGCUACCAACCCCCGCCAUGAAGCCUCGGUUCUCAACGCUCGUAUCCGCAAGCAGUAUCUGCGCUCAGAUCUUGAAAUCGGCCUUGUCGGCGAGGAGUUCGAAAGCACUUUUGACUAUGAUGUCCUGGGUGCUGAUGUCUCGGCUUUGAAGACCGCACUGUCCGGUGAGUUCGGCAAGAAACUCAGCUCUGCCCAGCGGCCCAUGAUUGUCGUUGGCAGUGCGGCGGCUGAGCACCCUGAUUCGAAGGCCAUCUUCGAAACAGUCGGCAACUUCAUUGAGAAGAAUACCAGCAACUUCAACACUCCAGAAUGGCAGGGAUACAACGUCUUGCAGCGCGCAGCCUCCCGCGCUGGUGCCUACGAAGUGGGCUUCACUUCUCCAUCUCCCGAGGUCGCUCAAACAACUCCCAAGAUGGUAUGGCUCAUGGGUGCCGAUGAGAUUGCCCAGAGUGAAAUUCCGAAGAAUGCUUUCGUCGUCUACCAGGGACACCACGGUGAUCGGGGUGCCCAACUGGCGGAUGUUGUUCUUCCUGGCGCUGCCUAUACCGAAAAGUCCGCCACUUACGUGAACACCGAAGGUCGUGUGCAAGUUACACGCGCGGCUACAUCAUUGCCUGGUGCUGCUCGUGAGGAUUGGAAGAUCAUUCGUGCAACCAGCGAGUUCCUUGGUGUUCCCCUUCCUUACGAUGACAUCGAGGCUCUUCGUGACCGCAUGGAGGAGAUCAGCCCGGUCAUGCGCCGCUAUGACGUUGUCGAGCCCACCUCUGUCACUGCUUUGAGCAAGGUACAACUGGCCGAGCAGAACAAGGGCUCCGCUGCUACUGGAGCUCCCUUCAAGAAGGUCAUCGAAGACUUCUUUUUUACCGAUGCUAUCUCCCGCAGCUCACCUACCAUGGCCCGCUGCUCUGCCGCCAAGGCUACUGGCAACCCUGAAACCAACUUCAUGGCUGCCGGUGAAAUGUCUCCCCAGGCAUUGUACGGUUAA